GGAGCAGAUAUCGAAGCUCGCGAUAACAGAGGCCAAACGCCAUUACUUUUAGCAGUUAUCAAUGGAUAUACACCUGUCAUUAAGAAAUUACUCGAAUUAGGCGCCGAUAUUGCAACUACAGACUCUAAUGGUCGACACUGUAUGCAUUAUUUAGCUGAGAAAAGUGAUGUUAGCAACAUAUUAGCGUUAUAUGAAAAUGGUACUUCUUUGGACACUGUAGACGAAGAAGGAAAUACGCUUUUGCACAUAGCAGCCAAAGGCAAUCAUCGCGAUACUGUUAAACUAAUUUUACAAGCCACCAAAGCAAAAGAUAUUAAUAUUAGAAAUGCAUUUGGUCAAAAGCCUAUCCAUAUUGCCGCUAAAUAUGGCCAUAACCGUGUUGUUCAUAAUAUGAUUAGGAAUGGUGCUGACAUUAAUAGCAAGUAA